AUGUUGCAGCAGGGGCCGUUCGCCCGUCCUGCGUGCGGCGCGGCGCCUCGUCACGUCGCGGCGCUUCCUCAAGGUGCGGGUGCCUUGAAUUUGCAUCCCAGUCCGCAGAUGUGGCUGUCUUUUUGUAGGUAUCAAACGCGAUCUGCUUCCGCGCGGAUGUUGAGGGCGGCAACCGCGGAAGCGCACGAAGCCUGCACCGCUUGUCACACGCCAAGUCAAGCUACCCAGCCACGUUCGCCUUUACGGAUAUCGGGAUCCUCUUCAUGGGUAUUGUUCGCAGUCACGUUCUUCAUGUCUCUUGCCUCUGGUGAUGCCACGGGCGCUUCUUAUGCCCAAGCCGUGUCUCCGCCGUCUUCUCGCGCCACUGAGACUGUCGCCGCUGCUCCCUCGUCUCUGGUUUCUGGGCGUGUGUUUGUCCCGCCCCACCUGCUCUCUGGCGUCCGCAUUUCCGUAAAUGGCGAUCUCUUGUCUCUCAGUCCUUCUUCAUCGGGGGAUUUUGUCCUCCCCCGUCUCCCCGUGGGCUCCUACGUCGUCCAACCCUCGCACCCGCUGCUGGCCUUUCCCUCGUAUCUCCUCACUGUCUCUUCCGCCUCUGAGUCACUGGCGGCUGCUCCAGCUGGUGACCAAGCUGCAUCUGCGCCCAAGGCGAGUGUGUACCUUCUCGGGGAGAGUUUCCGUCCGCUGACGCCUGAGGCGCCUCUGCCGCUGCCCUUGCGCGUCCUCCCCACAUCCGGCCCCCCUGCGUACUUCGUCGUCAAGCCUCCGUUUAGUCUGCUCUUUCUUCUGCAGCAGCCUCUUCUGCUCGUCGCAGCUGCGUGCUUCGGCCUCAUGUGGUGUCUGCCGAAGCUCCAGAAGUACCAGGAAGAGGAGGAGAGACGGCAGAAUCUCAUCGCGCAGCAACACCAGCAGGCGCUGCACGGGGCCCGUGGGGGGGGUCAUGAAGGCGCGACCGCGGUCGCGCGCCGAAGCGGCGCCUCUGGAGGCGCUUCCGCGAAUCUCUACGCGGACAGGACAGCUGUCGAGGGGGGACGAGGCGCGGGCGACGAAGACUGCUCGGCUUUUCUGAGAGGUCUCACAACUCUUCGUGAAGACAGACGAGCCGUGAGACACUGA